UUCUUUCUUUCUUUCUUUCUUUCUGUCUUCUUUGGUAUCAAGUCUGAAAAAGCAGCAGGAGCAACCCAACUGGAACUCAGGACCGGGACUUGGUAAAGUCAGGAAAGGGACUGAACACCUCCCCGUACUUCCUCAUCGCCGGAACAGGAGGGGAUCCAGCCGGUGGGAACUUUUUCCGACGUGACCCGGGGAGACCUCCCCACCCAAAGGCCCCUCCCUCGGUGCUUGUCGGAUGAGGGGCGCCCCCUCUUAAGGCAAGCGCAGCCCAACUCCAGGUACCUUGAAGCCGCUGCUCCAUCCGUCGCCAGGAGGCUCCGUCGAGGGCCGGGAGAGAGACUUGAGGGGCCGGGGCUGCCGCCAUGAAGCUGGAGAUCUUCGCCCCUCGCUACGAAGACAAGCUCGGCGGCAGCAAUAGCAGCAGCAGCAGCAGCGACCCAGAAGGCGGGGUCGGGGGGAGCAGCACGGCCGCCUCGCCGCUGGCCCCGGAGAGCGAGCUGGGCUCCGACGGGGACUGCGCCGCCCUCAGCCCGCCUUCCCCUCCCCCUCCUCCUCCGUCGGCUGCGUCUGGCUCCAAGGCGUCGGGGCCGGCCUCUUCCUCGCCGCCGUCGUCGUCGGGGAAGCCCUACACGCGGCGCCCGAAGCCUCCCUACUCGUACAUCGCGCUGAUCGCCAUGGCCAUCCGGGACUCGUCGGGGGGCCGCCUGACGCUGGCCGAGAUCAACGAGUACCUGAUGGGGCGCUUCCCCUUCUUCCGCGGGGCCUACACCGGCUGGCGCAACUCGGUCCGCCACAACCUCUCGCUCAACGACUGCUUCGUCAAGGUGCUCCGCGACCCGGCCCGGCCCUGGGGCAAGGACAACUACUGGAUGCUCAACCCCAGCUCCGAGUACACCUUCGCCGACGGCGUCUUCCGACGGCGCAGGAAGAGGCUCAGCAGGCCGCUUGCUCAACCUCCCGCUCCACAAGCCCAGCCUGACCCGGCCCCCUCCGAGGCCUCCCCUUGCCCUCCUGGCCCCGAGCACAAGCCCCCGGCCCCGACGGCGGCACCACCAUCGCCCUCCUCCUCCUCCUCCUCCAAGUUCUCCAGCUCCUUCGCCAUCGAUAGCAUCCUCAGCCGCCCUUUCCAGCCCUCCGAGGAGCAGCAGCAGCCCCGGCGUCGGAGGCGGCCCCCAACCCCGGGGGCUCUGUGGUCCCUCCCGUCGGGCUACCCUCGCCUCCUGCCUCCCCCCACCGCCAUCCCCUAUGGCUUCCUGCCCCCUUUCCCACCUGCUCCUUCUCCGCCUCUCUACGCCUUCGGCUCCCCCGAGGCCCUCCUCCUCGAAGGCAAGGCGGCGGCGUCCAGGGAAGCGCCCCCGAUCUUGCCCCCCGGGACCCCCUCCUCCGAAACCCUCCGGACGCUUGGCGGCGUCUGCCAGCUCUACUGCCCCCUCGGGAUGCCCGCCUCCCUGCAGCCCCUGGCCUCCUACCGGCCUUACUCGACGACAGACAGCCUCCCAGUCUGAGGAGGGCAGGA